AGGCUAUGCAAUCGCUGGUAGAGAUCAUCGCUGUACCCAGCCGCUCCAGUCGAUCUCUGUUCCAAUUGCAGACCCGAGCCAAACUAUGGCGGAGAAGACUCAAAAGAGUGUGAAGAUUGCCCCCGGAGCGGUUGUGUGCGUGGAGAGUGAAAUCAGGGGGGAUGUAACUAUAGGACCUAGGACGGUGAUCCACCCUAAAGCACGAAUCAUUGCGGAGGCCGGACCCAUCGUGAUCGGCGAAGGAAACCUGAUAGAAGAGCAGGCGCUGAUCAUAAACGCUCACCCUGAUAAUAUCACCCCUGACACCGAAGAUCCAGACCCCAAACCUAUGAUCAUUGGCACCAAUAAUGUGUUUGAAGUUGGCUGUUAUUCCCAGGCCAUGAAAAUAGGAGAUAAUAACGUUAUUGAAUCCAAAGCAUACGUAGGCAGGAACGUAAUUUUGACAAGUGGCUGCAUCAUUGGGGCUUGUUGCAACCUAAACACAUUUGAGGUCAUCCCUGAGAACACAGUGAUCUACGGUGUGGACUGUCUUCGUCGGGUGCAGACUGAGCGACCACAGCCCCAGACACUGCAGCUGGACUUCCUGAUGAAAAUCCUGCCCAACUACCACCACUUGAAGAAGACCACGAAAGGAAGCUCCACUCCAGUUAAGAACUGAGACCCAGCUGUGACGCCCUGACAGCAUUUUGUCUGUGACCGCUGGCCUGGGACAGGGCCACCCCAUUUACGUUCUCUCAGCAGGUUCCAGCAUGGUGCCAGCUGGCUUUGUUUUGUAAAACGGGGUUAGAAAGGAGAGUGAUGGGUUUUCAUCGGAACUGUCCUCUGUAAUUUAUAUGAAAUGUAUUAUUUUCCCAUAUUCUUGUUCCUAUCCCAAUAAUUUACAGAUUGAGUUUUCUUUUAUAUAAAAUGUUGGCCACAAAUUUUAGUUUCGCAGAAGACUACCCGUGAUGAGAAAAGGCGUAUUGUUAUGUAUUUAUGUUCUGCUGAGUACCACACUAAAUAAACACGCUGAGAACAGGA